AUGGAUUGCGGUCCGUCCCGGGCGACGGUCUCUCAGACUCUCUCUCAGUCGCUCUCGGUCACUCUCUCAGUCUGUCUCUCUCUCAGUCUCACCUCACUCACACACAUUCUCACUCACUCACAGUCCCGCCGCUCCACUCCUCCGUCGAAUCCACGCCGCUCCUCAUCCUCCAGUGACUCACGCCGCUCCUCCAUCGACUCAGGCAGACGCAGGAAGGAAAACUCGAAUCCGACACCAAUCAAGUCCCAAAAUCCAGGUAUUAUUUUCACAACAACGAUUACCUUGAGAUUUGCCAUUGCUACAAGGCGAUAUACGAUAUUCCUUCUGUUAACGAGAAUCCAGCUCAGUGGAUAUCGGUCAGAUUUUCAAGGAUUGUUUACCUCUUCCCAAAGUUUGGUUUCUACGCUCCGUGCUCGCAUGCUUAAGUGUCAAAUCAUUCAACUCUUUUAGCUGAGUAUCUCCAUGCACUCAUGUUACCUUGAUUUAUCGUCUUUGAUUUGUCCAAUUUGAUGUGCACUUAGAGAACAUAAACGUUGUAAGGAGAAAAGGGUAAUAAUAUGGACUAUUUAACUCCUAAGUCCAGUUUGAAGUUUGAGUGUUUACAUUAAUUAGCAUAUUCGGAAA